GAUGCUGUGACAUCAAAACCAGUAAUCCAGUUUCAAGGAAGCCAAGGGCACAUCACGAUCCCGAGGCCUGAUCGCCCCACGGAAGUGAGGACUUUCACAUUCUAUCUCUCCAACAUCGGCAAGGACAGCCCCCAGGGGAGCUUCGACUGCAUCCAGCAGUAUGUCUCUAGCAAUGGCAAUAUCCAUUUGGAUUGCCUUGGAAGCAUACAGGAUAAAAUCACCGUGUGUGCUACCGACGACUCCUACCAGAAGGCGAGGCAAAGCAUGGCCCAGGCGGAGGAGGAGACUCGCAGCCGGAGCGCUAUAGUCAUCAAACCUGGGGGGAGAUACGUAGGCAAAAAGGUUCAGAUGCGUAAACCUGCACCAGGAGCUUCCGAUGCUGUUCCCUCCAGGAAGCGCCCAACGCCAGUCAACCUUGCCAGUGCAAUAAAGAGGGGCAAUAGUGCCAUUUCUCAGAGACCCUUCAAAGAUAGGGUUGUGCACUUACUGGCACUAAAGCCUUAUAAGAAACCUGAACUUAUUCUCAGAUUGCAGAAGGAUGGACUUUCUCAGCAGGACAAGGAUUUGCUGGACAACCUUCUGCAACAGGUGGCAAAUUUGAGUGCCAAGGACAGCACUUUCACACUGAAAGACUGUGUAUACAAGGAAGUGCAGAAGGACUGGCCUGGCUACUCUGAAGGAGAUCAGCAGUUGCUGAAGAGGAUACUUGUCCGGAAACUCUGUCAGCCACAGAACAGUAGCGGUUUCCAAGGAGAGGCACCUUCCCUGAGUCCACCCAAGGACAGCGUGAACUCCAGCUCUCCUCCUCAGAAACGAUCCCAGCCUCUGGAGUUCAUCGACCCUCUGGCCAACAAAAAGCCCAGGAUCUCGCAUUUAGCUCACAGGACUCAACCCACGUUCAACGGGAAGCUGAGCUCCAACGGGAAGGACGCGCCUGCCCCUGCGCCGCCGCCGGCGCUGCCGGAGGCCGUGAGCUCCAGCUCCAGCCUCCCGGUGCUGGAGCUGCCCAGGCCUCACGAUCCCCUUUCGGAUGUCAGCAAUGACCUGGCUCACAACGGCAGAGACUGUGAGAACCCGGAGCCGGCUGACAGACUGACUCACCCCCUGCCCACAGACUGUCCCCAGACGAGCAAACACAACUGCAGCUCGUAUGUAAAAACCAAGAAGAAAUCCAAAAAGCACAAAGAUAAGGAGAAGGAGAGGAAGGAGAAGAAAAAUGAAGAGAAAUGCAAAGAGGAGAAGCAGAACUGUGAAGUAAUUAAAAAUGCUGACUUAGGUAGUGUUCCCCAGGAACAGGUCACAGGUUUAAAUGGAACAUGCAAUAAUUCUAGUGUACCAACAUCAACUUCAGAAAUGCCAGAUUAUUUAUUAAAAUACGCAGCCAUUUCCUCUUCGGAGCAGCGUCAGAGUUACAAGAACGACUUCAACGCGGAGUACAGCGAGUACAGAGACUUGCACGCCCGGAUAGAGAGGAUAACGCGGCGCUUCACGCAGCUGGAUGCCAAGCUGAAGCAGCUCCUGCAGGGCACCGAGGAAUACAAGACCAUCCAUGAUCAAAUUUUACAGGAAUAUCGGAAAAUUAAAAAGACUAACCCCAAUUACAGCCAAGAGAAGAACCGCUGCGAAUACCUCCACAACAAACUGGCUCAUAUUAAGAAACUGAUAGCAGAGUAUGACCAGCAGCAGUUCUAG